AAUAUGCCUUUGACGUCUACAACAUGAUCUGAAAGUAAACCAACGAAAAUACGAAUUUAGGGGAAAUGAGAUACUACGUAAUGAAAACGGCUUUUAACGGUCGCCUUUAAAGCUACUUUGAUGGUUAAUGACAAAAUCUAUACAUAGUACGGCGAGUAAUCACGGCGUAUUGGCUUACUGUACAGAUUUUCCGUAGCAGUAUAAUGAUAAUAUUCCACAAGUUUCACACAACGCCAUCUAGUCUGAAACUAAAACAAUACUUGAAUUAUGAGUUCUCAAUCUAAGCAAAGCUUGUGUUAUGAGUUCCAGACAACUUUUAAAUAUAUACCUAUGAUUUUUAAACACAUAUAUAGAAAAUAUAGAGGAUAGAAUAGAUCUAUAUAAAAUAUAGAUAUAGAGCUCUAUGGACAAACUAUAUGUACUUUUAUAUCCAAUAUCUGUUUAAUAUUAAGGUCCAGAUCAAUGGCCUUCGAAGUACUGUGAGUGUGUAAAACACUUGAAACCUUUGGCACUUGUCCAUGUUUGCUUGAUGUUUCGCGUUAAACUUUUUUUCGAUACUUUCAUAUGUAAAUCCAAACUGUAUUGACCGCACCCAUGUUUUGAAACUAGGUAAUUGUAUUUAUGUAGUUCAAACAGCUUAGAUACACAUAGAUGUAACAAAAUAUAUUGAAAUUGAGAACCACUUCCUCUUUUUAGAAGCAACGUUCUUUUGUUACACUGAGGAUUCAACCUUAAUCAGCUCCUAUCUUCUCUAUCCGUUAUUAUCAUACAUCAAGUUAUAUUUUUAAACUGAGGAUUGGACUUUGAUAGUCUCCUACCUCCUCAAAAAAGAUCAUUAUACAUCGACCUAUAACCUUACCAUGUGCGUUAUUCCAGGAUGCUGGGCGGCGUGGGCGGGCGGCAUGCGUCCGUGCGGCGGCGCGGCAGCUCGCCGGGCGUGCGCCGCUAUGCGGCAGGCGCGGCCGACGACUCCCCGCCGGCGUCGCCGCGGCCCAUGCGCCGGCGCCGGGCCGCGCUCGCCGCGCAGGACCACAAGACCUGCGCGCUCAUACACACCAGGCUCAAGUUGGGCGAUAUUAUGUUGGCGGCAGCGCAGGAGGCGGCGGGGGCGCAGGCUCGCGCGGCGCCAGCUGAUACCAUGGGCGGCGCGCACCAGCCCGCUACUCCAGGGCCCAGCUCACUCUUUAUAUUUGCCGACGAAAAUCCUAUUCGGAGGUACACAAAAUUCAUCAUUGAGUGGCCGCCCUUUGAGUACGCGGUGCUGCUUACCAUCAUCGCCAACUGCGUGGUGCUGGCGCUGGAGGAGCAUUUGCCCAACGGCGAUAAGACCAUCUUAGCACAGAAUCUGGAAAAGACCGAGGCGUACUUUUUAGGAAUAUUUUGUGUAGAAGCGUCGUUAAAAAUUUUAGCCUUAGGUUUCGUUUUACACAAGGGAUCGUAUCUUAGGAACGUUUGGAACAUUAUGGAUUUUUUCGUUGUAGUAACUGGUAUCAUCACGCAGCUGCCGAUCGCGCCAGCCGACGUCGACUUCAGGACCUUGCGUGCCAUUAGGGUGCUGAGGCCCCUUAAAUUAGUAUCGGGCGUUCCUAGUCUGCAAGUCGUACUGAAGUCCAUCAUCAAGGCUAUGGCGCCGCUGCUGCAGAUCGGCCUCUUGGUGCUUUUUGCGAUAGUCAUCUUCGCUAUUAUUGGCCUCGAGUUCUACUCAGGGGCGCUGCAUAAGACUUGUUAUAAUUUAGAAGAUAUUAGUGAAAUAGUAAACGAGGGGGAUAGUGCGACACCGUGCAACGCGGACAACGCGAGCCUGGCGCCGUUCGGGGCGAACGUGUGUGAGUACGAGAAGAGCACGUGCCUAGAGAAGUGGGAGGGGCCGAACAGGGGCAUCACGUCCUUCGACAAUAUCGGCUUCGCUAUGCUCACCGUCUUCCAGUGUAUCACCAUGGAGGGCUGGACGGCCAUCCUCUAUUGGACUAAUGACGCAUUAGGUAGUGCGUUUAACUGGAUUUACUUUGUGCCUCUCAUAGUAUUGGGUUCAUUCUUUAUGCUCAACUUAGUUCUCGGUGUUCUUAGCGGUGAAUUCGCUAAAGAAAGAGAGAAAGUAGAAAAUAGACAAGAAUUUCUUAAAUUAAGAAGACAGCAGCAACUCGAGAGAGAACUUAAUGGUUACGUUGAGUGGAUAUGUAAAGCAGAGGAGGUAAUAUUAGCAGAAGAAAGAACAACAGAAGAAGAGAAAAUGCACAUAAUAGAAGCGCGGAGAAGAGCAGCGGCCAAAAAGAAGUUAAAAAACCUUGGUAAAAGUAAAAGCACAGACACAGAAGAAGAAGAACAGGAUGAAGACUGCGGUGAUGACGGUUUUCUGAAAAGCAAGGCGCGUUCGGCCGGCAAGUGUGCAGACUUCUGGAGAGCUGAAAAGAGGUUUCGGUUCUGGAUCAGGCACACUGUGAAGACGCAGUGGUUCUACUGGUUCGUCAUUGUCUUGGUGCUCUUCAACACGAUAUGCGUCGCUGUAGAGCAUUAUAGGCAACCGAAGUGGCUGACUUCGUUUUUAUACUACGCCGAAUUUGUGUUCCUGGGGUUGUUCAUGAUGGAGAUGUGGGUGAAGAUGUACGCGUUGGGGCCUCGGAUAUACUUCGAGUCGUCGUUCAACCGGUUCGACUGCGUGGUCAUAUCCGGCUCCAUCUUCGAGGUCGUCUGGUCAGAGGUCAAGGGUGGCUCCUUCGGUCUCUCAGUACUAAGAGCUUUAAGACUGCUGAGGAUAUUCAAGGUCACAAAGUACUGGUCAUCACUCCGUAACCUGGUGAUAUCCCUCCUCAACUCAAUGAGAUCCAUCAUCUCGCUGCUGUUCCUUCUCUUCUUGUUCAUUCUCAUCUUCGCACUGCUCGGCAUGCAGCUGUUCGGGGGACAGUUCAACUUCGAGGAUGGCACUCCACCGACCAACUUCAACACCUUUCCUAUCGCGUUGCUAACUGUCUUCCAGAUCCUAACAGGUGAAGAUUGGAACGAAGUGAUGUAUGAUGGCAUCCAGUCUCAGGGCGGCAUCCAGAGAGGCAUGAUCUACUCGUUGUACUUCGUCAUCCUCGUGCUGUUUGGCAACUACACCCUGCUAAACGUGUUCCUUGCCAUCGCUGUCGACAAUCUGGCUAACGCCCAGGAAUUGACAGCGGCAGAAGAGGAACAAGUUGAGGAAGACAAGGAAAAACAACUCCAAGAAUUGGAGAAAGAGAUGGGUGCAUUACACGCGGUGGACGGCUCUCCAACUGGAGUAGACUUAAGUCCCUCAUCGCCGACGAGUAGGAAGAACAAAAAGAAAGAAGAGGCCAAAAAAGAAGAUGAAGAGGAGAUACCAGAUGGACCAAAACCAAUGCUGCCAUAUUCGUCCAUGUUUAUUUUGUCACCUACUAAUCCAAUUAGGCGAGGCGCACACUGGGUUGUAAAUUUAAGAUAUUUUGAUUUUUUUAUCAUGGUAGUUAUAUGUAUGAGUUCUGCGGCUUUAGCGGCUGAAGACCCCGUAGUGGAAGAGAGUGACAGGAAUAAAAUCCUGAACUACUUCGACUACGCGUUCACGGGCGUGUUCACCGUGGAGAUGUUGUUGAAGAUCGUGGACCUCGGCAUCCUGUUCCACCCGGGCGCGUACCUCCGCGACCUGUGGAACAUCAUGGAUGCUGCUGUCGUCAUAUGCGCCCUUGUCAGCUUCGGAUUUGAGAUCGGAGGCGUGAAAAAAGGGGCGGGACAGAACCUGUCCACGAUAAAAUCGUUAAGAGUGUUAAGAGUGCUCAGACCAUUGAAAACUAUAAAACGAGUUCCAAAGUUAAAAGCAGUGUUUGACUGUGUUGUGAACUCUUUGAAAAACGUCAUUAACAUUCUCAUUGUGUACAUAUUGUUUCAAUUCAUAUUCGCUGUAAUUGCAGUUCAACUUUUUAAUGGUAAAUUUUUUCACUGCAACGAUAUCAGUAAGAAUACAUUUGAAGACUGCCAAGGGUCGUAUUUCGUGUACGAGUCCAACAGUUUGCUGCCGAAGGUGAACCAGCGCACGUGGACGACGCAGUCCUUCCACUACGACAACGUGGCCGUCGCCAUGCUCACGCUGUUCGCCGUGCAGACCGGGGAGGGCUGGCCACAAGUGUUACAAAAUUCGAUGGCCGCCACGUACGAAGACAGGGGACCCAUACAAAAUUUUCGAAUAGAAAUGUCCAUAUUUUACAUAGUUUACUUCGUGGUGUUUCCUUUCUUCUUUGUUAACAUAUUCGUAGCUCUGAUAAUUAUCACAUUUCAAGAGCAGGGUGAAGCUGAAUUACAAGAUGGUGAAAUUGAUAAGAAUCAGAAAUCGUGUAUAGACUUCACGAUAGAAGCGCGACCUCUCGAGAGGUAUAUGCCAAGCAAAAGGGCGAGUUUUAAGUACAAAGUGUGGAGAAUAGUCGUCUCUACGCCCUUCGAGUACUUCAUCAUGACGCUCAUCGUCCUCAACACAUUGUUACUCAUGAUGAAGUACUAUAAUCAAAAUGACAUCUACGCGGAUGUCCUCAAGUAUUCGAAUAUGGGGUUUACUGGAAUGUUUUCUGUGGAAACGGUGUUGAAAAUCAUCGCUUAUGGUGUCAAAAAUUUUUUCAAAGACCCUUGGAAUACGUUCGAUUUCAUAACGGUCAUUGGAAGUAUAAUUGACGCCCUCAUUAUGGAGUUUGGCGAGAACACAUUCAACGUCGGUUUCCUUCGCCUGUUCCGAGCCGCGCGACUGAUCAAGCUGCUUAGACAGGGUUACACCAUUCGGAUACUGCUAUGGACAUUCGUGCAGAGUUUUAAAGCCUUACCCUACGUGUGCCUUCUCAUCGCGAUGCUAUUCUUCAUCUAUGCCAUCAUCGGGAUGCAGGUUUUCGGAAACAUACAAUAUGAUCCAGAUGAUGCCAUCAACAGGCAUAACAACUUCCAAUCUUUCGUGGCGGCACUCUUGCUACUAUUUCGAUGCGCAACGGGAGAGUCGUGGCCAAAUAUAAUGUUGGCUUGUCGGAAGCCCGCCAAGUGUGACAUAGCAGCAGGCAAGGCCUCCAACGAGGAAUGUGGAAGUACGCUCGCCUACGCUUACUUCGUAUCUUUUAUAUUCUUCUGUUCGUUUCUUAUGUUGAAUUUGUUCGUUGCCGUCAUUAUGGAUAACUUUGACUACCUAACGAGGGACUCGUCCAUCCUCGGCGCACAUCAUCUUGAUGAAUUUGUUAGAAUAUGGGCAGAAUACGACCCAAAUGCCACGGGUAAGAUCCAUUAUACAGAAAUGUAUGAUAUGUUGAAGAAUAUGGAUCCGCCUUUGGGGUUUGGUAAUAAAUGUCCAAAUAGACUAGCAUAUAAGAAGCUUAUUAGAAUGAAUAUGCCGCUAGACGAAGAGGGGAAAGUUAAUUUUACAACAACACUAUUUGCCUUAAUACGAGAAAAUUUAAACAUCAAAAUGAGAUCUCCCGAGGAAAUGGACCAAGCAGACGAGGAACUAAGGGAAACAAUCACCCACAUAUGGCCAUUACAAGCGAAGAAGAUGCUCGACUUGUUGGUGCCUCGUAACGACGUACUCAACGCCGGCAAGUUGACCGUCGGGAAGAUAUACGCGGGACUCCUGAUCCUUGAGAGCUGGAGGUCGACCAGGUUCAAGCAGCAGGGCGUCCCGGCAUUCAACGAGAAUAGCCCUACGGCCAUUCAGCCGAAGGCGUCACUGUUUAACUGCUUGAUGGACGUGGCGGCCGGGCUGGGCCCCGGCUCGCGCGCCGGCUCGCUCAGUCACGACGGACCCGUCGCCGACGCGCACGAUGACCCGCAUCUGCUGGCCAACCUCGCCCGCCGCGGCAACAGAAAGUCGCUCAAGAACAAUAAAAAGGUAUUGGAACUGCAAGGAUCUCACCACGCUUCAAUGGAGUCAUUGGACGAGGGACGAUUACAAGCACCUCAUACAUACCAAAAUGGCCACCACGGAAGAUCUUCCAGUUUAAGACGAACGCCCAGUCCGAGAAGGCGUGGCCACUACGGAGGUUACCAUCACGAUAUCGGGUUCUCCGACACCGUCAGCAACGUCGUCGAGAUCGUGAAGCACGAGCACCAGCGGCACGGCCGCACGCACCGCGCGCCGCACUACUACCACCCACAUGGGAAGGAGUGGAGGGCGCCGCACCCUACGACCAGCCUGAGCCAGCCCUCGCGGUCGCCCAGCCCGCCACACCACACCUACGUUUGGGCCCCGAUAGGUGAGCGGGAUCGGGAGCGGGACCGCGAGUGGCGGGAGUGGCGCGACCGCUCGUGGGAGCGCGAGGGCGCGCGCCGCGGCCGCGGCCGCCAGCUGCCUCCCACGCCCACCAAGCCGUCCACGCUACAGGUCAAGCAGCAGCCACCCUUCACCAGAAUCAGCCACAGCCCCUCGCACUUAUCUCUGAGGCAUACGGUUCGAGAACCGCUGGAGCCUCAACAUGACGAGUACGAGUACGGCCGAGAAGUUGAAAGACUGAUACACCGAGAUUAUAGAUCUAGAGAGAGACGCGGCCGGGGCUACGAGGCGGAGUGGGGCGCGGCGCGCGCAUACGAGGCGCCGCUGAGCUACGAGGCGGCGCUGGCGCUGGGGCGCGGCGGCGGCGGCGGGGGCGCGGGGGCGCGCGCGCUGCCCUCGCCCGCGCCCGCGCCGCGCCUGCCCAACGGCUACAAGCCGCGCGCGCGCCACUCGGACUCGGACGAGGACGACUGGUGCUAG